GGAGCAGAAUGUCUGGCUGAGACACCUGAGCCCAGGCGGACCCCCCUCCUUCCUGACAUGUGCUGUUCCUGAGCAAGCGCCGAGAAUGCCGGUUCCUGGCAGACUGCAUCAUUUGGAAGGCUGCGGUAGGGGGGAGCAGGUGGAUUCUUGGCACUGCAGUGUCGCUGCUGGAGGCGCCGCCGGUGAGUGAAGGGAGAGCGAGACCAUUGCUGGGGGGGAUCGUGAGGCUGGGGGGCUGAGUGUGAUGCUGCAGAUGUGAGUGUAUCGGGCAGAUCCCCCUCCCCAGCCUGUGCUCGUCCCCUCCCCUCCCAUCUGUCCAUCCAGUGAUUGUGUCCCAGCACAAGGGGCUAUGGCUGCGGAGGAGCUGCUGCAGACUGUGGAGGAUUACAAGGAGGAGAUCCAGAGACUGACCAAGGAACUAGCCGAGACCACUCAGGAGAAGAUCCAGGCGGCCGAGUACGGGCUGGUGGUGCUGGAGGAGAAGCUCGCGCUGAAGCAGCAAUAUGAUGAGCUGGAGGCCGACUGCGAUUCUCUGCGACACGAACUGGAGCAGCUGAAAGAGGCCUUUGGACAGUCCUUCACCGUCCAUCGCAAGGUUGCAGAAGAUGGCGAGACCCGGGAAGAGACCCUACUGCAGGAGUCGGCCUCUAAGGAGGAGUAUUACCUUGGGAGGAUCCUGGAGAUGCAGAACGAGGUCAAACAGAGCAGAGCCGCCAUUAUCAACGUCCAAGGGGAGAAUGAGCGUCUCAGUUCUGUGGUCCAGGACUUAAAAGAGACAAAUGAGAUCCUGGAGCUGCAGCGGCUGAGGAUGAAAGACGAGAUCAGAGAAUACAAAUUUCGGGAAUCGAGACUCCUGCAGGAUUACACGGAGCUGGAAGAAGAGAACAUCACUCUGCAGAAGUUGGUGUCCACUCUGAAGCAGAACCAGGUAGAAUACGAAGGCUUGAAGCAUGAGAUUAAGCGUUUCGAGGAGGACACGGUGCUGCUCAACAGUCAACUGGAGGACGCCAUCCGGUUGAAGGAGAUUUCGGAGCAUCAGCUGGAAGAGGCAUUAGAAACCCUAAAGAACGAACGAGAGCAAAAGAACAACUUGCGGAAGGAGCUGGCCCAGUACAUCAACAUCAAUGACAGCAUGUACAACACCCACCUGAACAUUACGGUGGAUGGACUCAAGUUCUCCGAGGAUGGAGAACCCAACAACGAGGAGAAGGUCAAUGGUCACAUUCAUACGCCCCUUGUUAAACUAAACGGGGAUUACCGGACUCAGGCAAUGAGGAAGGGAGAAUCGUUGCACCCUGUUUCGGACCUUUUCAGCGAGCUGAACAUUUCUGAAAUGCAGAAGCUGAAGCAGCAGCUCAUUCAGGUGGAACGGGAAAAAUCCCUUUUGCUAACAAACCUACAAGAGUCCCAAACUCAGCUGGAGCAUACACAAGGAGCCUUAACAGAACAGCACGAGCGGGUUCAUCGACUUACCGAGCAUGUCAACGCCAUAAAAAAGCUUCACAGCAUAGAGCUGGACUCUGAGAAGCCUAAAGUCUCUGGCGAGGAGAACCAUGAUUACGAGGUGGAUAUCAACGGGUUGGAGAUCUUGGAGUGCAAAUACAAAGUGGCAGUAACGGAGGUGAUUGACCUCAAAGCUGAAAUCAAAGCCUUGAAAGAGAAAUAUAAUAAACAUAUAGAAACCUACACGGAGGAGCGGACAAAGCUGGACUCAAGGAUCCAGAUGUAUGAUGAGCAGGUAGGGGGUCUGGAACAAGCCAGUAAGGAGAGCAGCGAGAAGGUCAUAUUGAUGGAGAAAGAACUUCAGAUAAUGACUACAGUUACAAACGAGACCCGUAACACUCUUAAUACUGCUCAGGAUGAGCUGGUGACCUUUAGUGAAGAGUUGGCUCAACUCUAUCACCACGUAUGUCUGUGUAACAAUGAAACGCCAAAUAGAGUAAUGCUGGACUACUAUAGACAAACGAAAGUAACCCGUAGUGGAAGUUUGAAAGGUCCUGAUGAUCCCAGAGGUCUUUUAUCACCAAGGUUGAUCAGGAGGGGCAUAGCAUCUCCUGUGGAACUAAGAAGUCCAUGUGAACCUGGUCCUAAAGAAACCAUGGAAUCUGGCAAAGAGCAAAGUCCACUAAAGUCUAAUAUGGUGUCUCCAAUUAUCACAGCCCCUCCUUCCUCCCCGGUGUCAGACACUAGUGACAUUCGCAAAGAGCCAAUGAACAUCUAUAACCUCAAUGCUAUAAUCAGGGAUCAAAUUAAACACCUACAAAAGGCAGUGGACAAGUCUUUGCAGCUGUCACGCCAGCGUGCGGCGGCUCGGGAGCUCGCACCCAUGAUUGAUAAAGACAAGGAGGCCUUAAUGGAGGAGAUUCUCAAGCUAAAAUCUUUGCUGAGCACCAAGAGAGAACAGAUAGCCACCCUCCGAGCCGUACUGAAGGCCAACAAGCAGACUGCAGAAGUUGCACUUGCCAACCUCAAGAACAAGUACGAGAACGAAAAAACCAUGGUGACCGAAACAAUGACCAAACUGAGGAACGAACUUAAGGCGCUUAAAGAAGAUGCGGCCACAUUCUCAUCAUUACGAGCUAUGUUUGCUACCAGGUGUGAUGAGUAUGUGACCCAGCUGGACGAGAUGCAGAGACAGUUGGCCGCUGCUGAAGAUGAGAAGAAGACAUUGAACUCACUAUUGCGGAUGGCCAUCCAGCAGAAGCUGGCGCUAACACAGAGGCUGGAAGAUUUAGAGUUUGACCAUGAACAGUCCUGGCGCACCAAAGGCAAGCUGGGGAAAACCAAGAUCGGCAGCCCCAAACAGUCCACCGAUGCAAGAAAACCACUUCAGUCGUAUUGCACCAGGUUGCCGUUCCAAGCCGAUCAGGACGGGACUUCUCUCAGGUCUUCUGCUGCACCGUCAUCAUCAUCAACUACAACAUCCCCCAAGUCCAGUCCAGAGAAAUCAUCAUCGCUCUUCUUCCACCAGCUUCCGAUGUCAAGAAGCCUUAGUUCACAAUUCAACAGCAUGUCUUCAUUCCAGACUUCCAGCCAAAGUUUUAUAUACAAUUCAGAAUCACCUCGUUCCAGGCAACAAAGCAACAUGUUGACUUAUGCAACAUCAUCUUCAUCACCACCAACUAGCUUCAGAGACACACACUCUCUAACUGCCUCGGCCCUCUGUUCCAGGCAAAAAGGUAACCACUACCCACUCGCUGCAGCCACCAGCAGGUAUGGCCAACAGCAGUGGACUAACUACAGUUUCAGUGAAACAGCACCAGGGCCACCCUACCAGGCAGUAAAGGCCUUCUCCUCAAGGCCAUUGACCUCUCCCAGUUACAGCACCGAUUUCACUGAAACAAUUUUUAGUCCUGAUACAAAUGGUCAAAUAUAAUAGAUGGGUUAAGAGUAAUGGCUUCCUAGGGAUCCCCUUAUGUAACACUCCGCUCCCUGAAUUAUCUGGCCAAGUUGAGCGAAGGAACAAAGUGUUGUACGUGUUAUGCAUUCUUCCUAAAAAAAUGUUUAGCAGGGUUGAAGAGACAGUUUUGGGCCACCCCAAGACAAUGAGCACCUUAUUGCAUUAGGGCUAAUGCAGGAAAAAAUUAAUUAUGUUAUGUUAUGGAGAUGUUCAAGAGUGUUGAAAUCUAAUCACAGGUUCUUGUGCCAUUUCCCUGACAUCCGACAACCAGAUGCACCAAAUAUUUUAAAUUUUUAGACAUAUGAUGUUAUAACAAUGUAGCAUUAUACCACGCACAAUGUAUCUUGUGGAAUUACAUAUGUUCUAUAUUUAUGGAAAGGAAAGUUGUAUAUCCUAAAAUAUAGGUUUGAUGUCAACCAAGUCAUCUUCAUGCUAAUAUAUGGCUGGAAAUGUUUAUAUUCUCCGUGUUCUAUCCAUGUGGGAUAAAACUUUAUUAAAAAAAAGUGUGUUUUGAACCUCAUAAGAAUUUUUGAAGGCUCUGAGUCCAUCCUCAACUUUGUGUUUCACAUACGUGUCCAAAAUUGCCGAUCAGGCCUGGAUUUUUGGAAAGGCCACCUAGGCCCGGGCCUAGGGUGGCAGGAUUUUAGGGGGCGGCAUGCUGCCCAACCACACCCACAUUGGUUCAAAAACAGUGGGGAUGCGCUGGAGAUACAAUCCCCAUUUCUCCAGUCCAGAUGAUGAGGAGAUGACAGGGGCGAGGAACGGCAGUGAGCCUAGGGGUGCCCACUAUGUAAAUCCAGGCCAGUCGAUGAUUGAAGUAGUCUUCUACAAUAUUGGUUAUCUGGAACGAAAGUAGAGGUCAGACAAAGGGUACAUAACAUACAGAAAUAGUAAAGUAUCCUGCUUUCAAAUGAUGCUUCAAAGCAGGAGAGUUGAGGGACAAUGCCUUAAGCCAUCUAUUUUAGAAAGUGUGCCUUAAAUACAUGAUGUAUUAUAAUUUUAUGAUGGAACGUUGAGAGCAUCUCCAUUACCUUCAACAACCAGCAGUAAUGUAGUUUCAUCAAAUUUGAAUUUGUUAAAGCCCGAUACGUUGUUCGGAUCUCCAUAGCUUUUCAUUUAGCCCGACUGUUGUACUCAGGGACUAUUGGGCUUAAGCAUGAGACUCAGAACCAGAACUUCUGCUUGCCAGAGUUAGGUUGUUCAGUUGCAGUUCAGGCUGGUUUGUUGGCAAUUACAUUCAUUGUUACUUUGGUGACUAUAUUGAGAAGAUCUGCUCCAAAAAUAGUGAGGAACCUUGUAGUCUUGUUGAGUAUCUGGCAGAUGUAAUGUUCAGAAUCUCACUUUCAGAACAUUCCAAGAAGCCAAGAAUCUUCUAAACCUUUUUACACAGCUUUAUGCCUCCAACAAAUGUAUUAGUCACCAAUUUCUAGGCUGUCGUUCCGUAGAAGACUUGUACCAAACAACUAAUUUCGUGAUACCUCAAUGGAAUAGCUUCUCCCAUAUAUCUAAACUCAAGGCAAACAGGUUGUGGAGGUCAAUUCUUGAUCUGGAGAAGAGAAGAACUGAGGAAAAAAUUUCCAUGGGAUGUCUAUUCCAUGUAUUUCCCUUUAAUAAAUGUCAUAAGUGGGGUUCAUGUUUUUUUUUUUUUUUAGUUUACCGGGGUGUGUUUGAGCCAACUAAGCUCAGUAUCAGGGCAGAUUUUCUUCUAUUUCUUCUAUUUAAAUAGACUUUAAACAUAACAUCAUAUAUGCAACUAUCAGGUCCAAUUCGCUUGUACUCACUAAAUUUUUUAAAGUAUUAUAAACAGAAGCUGCUGCAUGGAUGUAUAUGUAUGUAUGUUGUAUGUGCAUCACUUGCCUCUCAGCACCCAGCAAAUUCUGUUUCAGGGACCCACCACCACUCCACUCAUAUUGGGGGGGGAAUCUAAGGCAGAAAAUAUGGCGGCACCCAAUCACAUGUUUAGAUGCAUAAAUGCAGAGAAGGAAUGUUUUUAUGUUCACUGUCUCCUGCUUCAUUUUGUCAGUUUGUCUAAAUGUUAAAAAAAACGAUGAACCAAUCAUAAAACCGAGAUACAUCAUUAAGGGGCAGUCCCUUCUGGAACCAAAAUUCCACUAAAAAUGGCCGCUGAGCCAUUACAAGUAUAUGUGGGUAAUUUAUUUUUUUCGGAAGCAGCGUGUUUCAAAGUGGUUUAUUGAUCAAAUUAAAACAGGGGCUGCCCCUUAAACCCCCAACUGUUUUGCUUUAAUCUCUCCAGCUUCCACCUUGACAAUCAUUAAUGAGAUCCACGCUGAAUUUGUCACCCUAAUUAGCCUUCGCUAAGGGAUUUGCUGGCUGGUUGACUUUAAUUUAAAGGCGAGCGAUAUUGGACUUGGCAAAAAGAUGAUGAAGCAGAAGUCGUGAACGGCGAUUGUGAGUAGAGCACAUGCCAAGUAACUGACUGCGGGAAUCU